CUCCAAAUUUAAACCAAAGAUAGCAGCACCUAUUCUAGACAGAGUUCAUUUUCCUCGACCUGUCAGAAAUCGUACGUGACGUCCGGAGUAUAAUUGGGCAAAAUUUAGAAAGUGUGUGGGUUCGAAUCAAAUCAAUUUCUCGAGAUAUCAAUUGGAACAUCUGGCACAAAAGCGGGCAAAAACAUUGUGUAGGGAAACAUGCCGUUACCGAGUGGCGCGUAUAACCAGCAAGGACCCAGCUGCUUCGACAAAAUGAAAAUGGGCUUCACGAUCGGUUUCUGCGUAGGAAUGGCUAGCGGUGCAUUGUUCGGAGGAUUCUCUGCCUUGAGGUACGGUCUUCGCGGAAGGGAGCUAAUAAAUAAUGUUGGCAAAGUGAUGCUGCAAGGUGGCGGAACAUUUGGAACGUUUAUGGCAAUCGGUACCGGAAUAAGAUGCUAGCCUCCGCGGUGAUGCGUUGCAACGACGUCUAGGAGAUAUCACUUAAAAUUAGAUUAAUGUUUUCAGUUGGUAAACUCGCGAUAUUUUUAAAUUUAUUGUUGAAAUAUAAGAGAGGAGAAAGUCUGAUUGAAUAUUUAUUGGAUUCCAGUUGUUGCCUCCAUGGGGGUUGAAUAAAUAUUCGAUACGAUUCCAAA